AUGAUCACGUCCUUCUCCAGACUCCAAAUCUCGAUCCCCGAAUCCAUUCCGUAUUCUCCGCGAUUCCCUCUGCCUAGUCAACAGCGGUUCCGGUUCCGGUUCGGGUUAUACCUCCGAUUUCCCGCUCAACGAAAGAGUCUCGAUCAAAUGGAGUGGAUGAACCGCCUUGGAAUCGGCUGCUUUGCGACGAAUCGGAGCAAAAGAGAAGUGAAGACAGAGAUCGACAGCGGAGGAGAGGAUUUCUUCGAUGCUGCUGCCAUGGAGUCCUCAGAGAAGCCGGACCAUUUAGUAAUCAUGGUGAACGGUAUCAUUGGCAGUUCGGCGGAUUGGAAAUAUGCGGCGGAGCAGUUCGUGAAGAAGUUCCCAGAUAAAGUACUUGUGCACCGUAGCGAGAGCAAUAGUGCAACGUUGACGUUUGAUGGUGUUGAUAAGAUGGGUGAGAGGCUAGCGAAUGAGGUUGUGUCUGUUAUUAAGCACAGAAAUGGACUGAGGAAGAUCUCAUUUGUGGCUCAUUCGUUAGGAGGUCUCGUUGCAAGAUAUGCCAUUGGGAAGCUCUAUGAACAGCCCGGCGAAAUUGCUGGGUUAGAACCUAUAAACUUUAUAACUUUCGCAACGCCUCAUCUUGGUUCGAGGGGACAUAGACAGUUCCCGAUUCUUUGUGGCCUUCCUUUUCUUGAGAGAAAAGCAUCCGAAACUGCACACUUGGCUGCUGGGAGGACCGGAAAGCAUUUGUUUCUUGUGGAUAAGGAUGAUGGGAAACCUCCACUUCUUAUCCGGAUGGCUACAGAUUCUGAUGACUUGAAAUUCAUAUCAGCUUUACAUGCCUUCAAGCGUCGUGUGGCGUAUGCAAAUGUGAACUUCGACUAUAUGGUUGGAUGGAGGACAUCUUCAAUUCGCCGUCCAAAUGAGCUCCCAGAGCCAAAUCUUCUAGCGACUGAUCCAAGUUAUCCACAUAUUGUAUACGUAGAACAAGGAAAUGUAGACAAUGGUAGUUGCCAGUCAACUUCUACAGUAGUAACAACAGAUGAAAGCAAUGAUCUUGAAGAGGAAAUGUUACAUGGACUUGGUCAGUUAUCGUGGGAACGAGUAGACGUUAGCUUUCACAAUAGCAAGCAACGAUACGCCGCUCAUAGUACCAUUCAGGUGAAGACAUAUUGGUUACAUUCUGAUGGCAAAGAUGUUGUCUUCCACAUGAUGGAUCAUUUCUGUCUCUAG